AUGGAUCUCAUUAAAUCCAUUACUGCAGCAGAACUUAAAAUUAUUGAAGAAAAAAAUCAAAUGGCUUUUUGUGAUAUUCUAGUCUAGUAUUUUAAUGAUGAUAAUACCAGUUCAAAUCAGUUGUUUGCGCAUUCAAACCAGAAAACCUUUAGUAUAAGAUAAAUGGAAAAAGAUAAAAGUUACUAAUCCUUUAGUGAACUCUUCAUAAUCAAAGUUAUUGAAGAUGAAAGUUUUAUUUUUGCUCAAGAAAAAACUAUUAAAUACUCCUUGGAUCAUUGGGAUUGUUAUCUUGAAUUGAAUUGUCUUUUCUAUAAGUAAUUUUGGAUUAGACUUUAAGUUCCAAAUUAUUCAUAAAGAUUACUUAUUUCGAUGAUUUCUUUAAUUUGCUUUAAUUGUCAAAUUUUAAGUGUCUAUUAUAGUUAAUGUAAGACAAGCUAUGAAUAUUUAGAUAUCAAAUCCUUAUUAUUUACAGACUUGCAUACAUCAGCAUCUUUAGUGUCAUUAGAUAGUGCUUCGUUGUAGCAUUAGAUUGUUUCUUCAUAUUGCUUCAAAUUGUAUAAUGCAGUACCUAUAUAUUAAUAUUAAACAAUAACAUACCCUUGUUCAUCAAUGCAUCGAAUUCUUAGGGCUUAACUUGUUAUUUUUACUGCCACAUUGUUUCAGAUUUAAUUAUAAAUUAAUUUAAUUAUUUUAAUAAAGCAUUAUUUAUCAUAUCAAUAAUAUAGCCUUUGACAUUGAAUUUAGAUUCAAAUACGAGAAGGCACUUUUGAAUUAAGAGCAAUAAUCUGCAACCAUCUCAUUUGCCAUUGUCGAGAACAAUAAUUAUUUCAACACGCUCAAAUAUAUGCAUCAUCAUAUAUCGAGUCAAACUAUUUUAAGACUGUUGAUUUUAAAGAGGAUUCAAAAAUUGUAGACACCUUGUAGUCAUUAAAUAUAGAAUUGAAAAUUAUAAAUACUACAUAAAAUUCGAGAAGAUGAAAUUUUUAGGGUUUUUAAUAUGCAAUAAGCUGUUGGUUUUCAACUAAUUAGCAACUUUACAAAUAAUGGUAAUACUCAAUAAGAAUUUAAUGCACUUUUAUAACAUCAAAGCAUUAAUUCAAAUAAAAGUGAUUAUCAACAAAAAUCUAGCACCAAUAAAGUUCAAUUAUGAAUGA